AUGUUACUCUUCGGCUGGCGUAGCACCGGAUUGUGUAAAUUUCAGUUGGAACAGUAUUGGGAUAUCUUAUUUCUAUUCGAAUCCAAGUUUUACCAGUUUAAACCGCAAGAUUAUAAACUUUGGACGACGUAUCUUGUGAAAAAUGUCAGUAAACUCUUGAAACAAUUGGUGCGUGGGAGAUCAAUGGAUUCGAAGGUUUAUGAUAUUGGUUCUAACUAUUUUACUAUCUUGGACCCAACUUUCCAGCUGUUCGGUAAAAUCCUUCUAUCAUCCGAUCUGGGGAAAAUUGCAUCGAUUUAUCUACACCAUGUCUCCACAUCUGCGUACUCACAGGACCUUCGGCAACUCAUACUCAAAAUAUGGGAAUUCUUAGACCACGAUAAUUUUCAAUGCGAUCUAAUGGUAUUCUACAUUGCCAAUACAAUCGAAAACCAUGAUUUGAUUACGAAUUUAUUACGGAACCUAGCAUGGCUAAACGGAUCCUUGAUGAAACCUAUUGGUACGCGCACACUGGAUUCUACGUUUAGUUCCAUCAGUUGGUCAGAUGAUAAGUAUGUCAUACUUCAGUUUCAAGUUUGA